CCAGUGAUUAAGGAAUUAUCCAAUUUCUUAACAUCUAAUCAUAUCUUAAUUCACGGAGCCAAAGGGUUUGAUGUAAAAGUGGACUAUUCUAAAGGGGCUGUAGAGAUAAGACCACAAGACAUCUGCACCAUGAGCGAAGUUAUAUUAGAAGAAACACCUGUGUAUAGAGUAGGUUGUAUUUCUGGGCCUAAUUUAGCCAAAGAAAUCGCUCAAAAACAGCCUGCAGGUACCGUUUUAGCGUCUAGGUUUAAAGAAGUUUUAGCAAUAGGUACAGAAAUACUUCAAUGUGAUCGAUUUCAAAUCUACGGCAGCAAUGAUAUUAAAGGGAUAGAAUUGGCUGGUGUAUUUAAAAACUAUAUAGCUAUAGCCGCGGGAGCAUCUGCCGCUCUAGGAUAUGGAGAAAAUGUAAAGGCCUUAUUAAUCACCAAAGGUAUUUCAGAGAUGAUAGCCAUAGGUAAAGCAUUAGGCGUAGAACCCAAAUCUUUUCUAGGUUUGGCAGGCAUUGGAGACUUAGUAGCCACAUGUAGCAGUCCACUCAGUAGAAACUAUUCGGUAGGAUAUAGAUUGGCUAAAGGUGAAUCUAUAGAGCAAAUUAUAUCGACAAUGACUGAGGCGGCAGAAGGUAUCAAUACGGUAAAAGUGAUUAAAUAUCUUUCAGAAACAGUGCAUAUACAAGCUCCACUGGUAGGAAUUAUUUAUAAAGUGAUGUAUGAAGGUCAUUCCUUGGAGAAUGGCAUAAAAAUGCUCAUGCGACUCAAUGCAGGGCAAGAUGAGUUAGAAAGUGAAGAGUUAGAGUUAGAAAUAGAUAGUGAUGAGCUAGUUCGUGAAAUCAAUCUAGAGAUAGAUAAAGGUCAGGAGCCGAUGCGAAUUGACAAAUAUCUAGUCAGUCAUGUAGAACGAAUAUCUAGGUCAAAGUUUCAAGCAGCAGCUGAUUCUGGUUCGCUACUCGUCAAUGACAAACCUGUGAAGUCUAGUUAUAAAAUAAGCCCUUUAGAUAAGAUUAAGGUUAUUCUCCCACUGCCAUUUGGCCAUGAAGGUAUCAAACCUGAGGAUAUUCCAUUAAAUAUAGUGUAUGAAGAUAAUGACAUGCUCAUUAUAAAUAAACCCGCCGGUAUGGUUGUGCAUCCUGGUGUAGGUAAUUAUAAAGGUACAUUGGUCAAUGCGCUGCUAUUUCAUGUUAAAAACCUUGGUAAGGGUCAGGAUGCAAUGAAGCCAGGAAUUGUGCAUAGACUAGAUAAAGAUACGAGUGGGAUUAUGGUCCUAGCCAAAACUGAUUUUUCCAUGGCUUAUCUAGCCAAACAAUUUUUUGACAAAACCAAUCAUAGAAAAUAUGUUGCCCUAGUAUGGGGCGACCUAGAUGCCAACGAGGGGACAAUUAAUAAGAAUAUAGGUAGAGAUAAAUUUGAAAGGAAGAGAAUGCGCACCUUUGAAGAUGACUUUGAAGGUAAACCAUCCAUAACACAUUAUAAGGUGAUAGAGCGUUUUGGCUAUUGCACCCUAGUAGAAUGUAUUCUGGAAACUGGAAGAACCCACCAAAUCAGAGUACAUAUGGCUAGUCUAGGCCAUCCUGUCUUUAAUGAUGAUCGAUAUGGUGGCAAUGUAAUAGUAAAAGGGACAGUGUUUAGUAAAUACAAACAGUUUGUUGAAAAUUGUUUCAAAGUAUGCCCUAGACAAGCACUGCAUGCUAAAGAGCUAGGCAUAGAGCACCCUGAGACUAAAAAAUGGAUGACAUUUGACUCAGAGCUUCCAGAGGAUAUGACUGCGUUAAUUGAAAAAUGGAAAACCUACUCCAGAGGAAGAUUACUUGAGUUUGAAGAAACAACU